CAUGAACUAUUUACAGAAUGUUGAAAAAUAAUAAAAAAUAUAUUUAUAAAACGAUAACAAGCAUUGAACAAUCUCAUAAACCCUAUAGAUAAUACAGAAGUGAUCGGUCACACUCGCCAUAAGACCUAUGUCUUGAUCAGGUAAACGAAGCAAUCCGUAAUCAAAAUUACUAUGUAAUUAGUAUGUAAAAGAACGACUUAACAAUUGGUAUAAAACAUGUCAGACAGCAUUUGACCCAAUAUCCGGUUGUAUGAAUAGUGACUAUUUUGAUUAAGUCAUAUAAAGACUACAAAAUCGAUAGUAAGACAAUCUCAGACCCCUGGAAACAAGUAUCUAGAAGGAGUAAACAUCCCCUAUUUUGAUUUUAUCUAAAUUGCCAAUACUUUUGAAAAGCAUAUGGGGUUGUUUACAGAUUUAAUUUGCGGUAGAUAAUGGACGUUGCUAAUAGGGAAAUGUGCUGGUAACUUUCAUCCGAUGUUGGUUUUUUUAUCAUAAAAACGUCCGUAUUUACAAAUUGCUGUAUUUUUCCCCAGGGAAAAUGAAAGUGUUGAACAUUGUCGUUUUGUUUCUUAGACAUUUCCAAUAUCGUGUUUUCUGUGAUAGCGAAUGCAGAAGGCCGGAUGGUAUCCCUUGUUGCUAUAAUGAAUACAUGGACGAAAUCAGCAAGCAAUGCAAAGCAUGCGAGCCUGGUUUGAUUGGUUGGAAAUGUGAAGAACCGUGCAAGAAAGGAUAUUAUGGAGUGUUGUGCCGCUUGCCCUGUUUAUGUAGUCCCAAUAACUGCGAUCCAGAAGUUGGAUGUCCAACAACAACGAAUGAACACACAGCACCCAGUAUCCAAUUCAACUGGAGAAUGUCAAAAGGGUUUGCUGACACUGUCAAAUAUCCGGCCCCAACCCUGUCCACAAAAAUACACGGAGAACUUACAGCGGAACAGGAACUUACAACGGGAUAUGCUGGAACAAGAACUCAAAAGUUGAAUCAAGGUUCUCGGAAGUACUCAACAAUUCACAAAGAGACGUUAACAAACAACGAACAAAAGACCACCAGCACAGGCAUGCAAUGGCAUAGUCAAAGGUCUGAAUAUGAUACAUUUGGAUUUACCAAAAUUACUAGAAAGCAGCGUUCAACAGCAAAACCAACAAGCACGUAUGUCAUUAGACAGAGCGACAGCAGAGACAUUUUGCAGCAUAUUUCAGAAUACAUGGAGUUAAUCAGCAUAUCCUUGUUUCUGGUUGUAGGCAGUGUCGUCACUCUUAUUCUACUACUGUUGUACCACACUUGGAAACGUUCUAGAACAAUUGAAGACCCCACAGAGCUGAAGCAGUUCAACACAGGCCAGAUGUAUUGUCGACAGCUGCGUGGGACGCUGGAGCGUGGGUACAUGUCAUUGUCCAACAGGGAACGUCUGCCAAGAAGUGGAAGACAGUCUGACUAUGUGAUGCCAAACAGCCUCGACAUUGACGCCUCCAGUACGAUAUAAACAAAGACGUUGACGUAAAGUGAUGACAUAAUUCUAAACAUCGAUUGCUUUAUAAAUAUUGCUUUAACAAGGAUGUUGGAGUCAUGUGAUGCCAAAUAUCGCGAAUGAAGUUUUGUUUAUAAAUCUCGUGUAAGGAAGCGUGGUGUCAAAUACAAUCUGUAUCAACACUUUAUUAGGAAUCACAUGACAUGCCACGUGUAUAAUAUUGACAUCGUGGCCUGUACAAAAUAUCACAUGACAUCCAUCAAAUAUCAUAUAAAUAAAAUUACAUGACACGUAUAUACAUGUAAUAUUGACAUUGUGGCAUAUACAAAAUAUUACAUGACAUCCAUGUUUGAAGGUUUUACAAAUGUAUAAACAAGUCAAAUGAGUAAUUUAAUAUCAAAUAUCAUAUUCCUAUGAUACUGAAACCUUUACAAAGGAUGUUAGAGUCAGAUGAUGACUGGGGCUUUUUCAGCUAUCGAAUGAAUACGAAUAAUGAAAUCACGUGAUACCACAUAAAACCGAGGUUAACGCAUCCACAAUCCCCUAUAAAUAUGGAUUCUGGAAUUACGUCAUGCGACAUCGACAUUAUAGCUGAUAUUCAUUAGAAUGCAUGUUUUAAUUCAUUCUUUCAUUUGUUCAGUUUAGUUAAUUGAAGAUAUACAGCCUACUCCGGAUAUAUUGAAAUUCAGGGGACAGACCUGAAUCGUUAUUCGUAUCCAAACUUCAACAUAACCGUUGUGGAACUAUAUGAAUAGAAUUCAUUGUACUGGGAAUCUAUAUUUGAUUCAGUAUAACAGAUAGUUCAACAUACGCGCCUUCGAUAUAAAUAGGUAGAUAUUUUGUGAUAUAAUCAAAUAAAGCUCAUUGAUGCGCUUUU